CAUCCAAGCACCGGAUAGCCCGCGUCGAACACAUGGCGGUCCAGCCGCUGCUCCGCCUCCUCCUCCGGCCACCGCCGCCUCCCCACCGCCGGAGCGCGCUGCGACCACCUCCCCCCUCCCCGCCACCCGUCGCCACCACUCGCCGCUGCGCUUCCGCCGCCGCCGCCGCAGCGGCGCUCCUCCUCCUCGCGGCCUCCCCUCCCCCGCCGCGCCUGCGCCCCGCGCGCGCCGACCCCGGCGCCGGAGGCGGCGAGGACAUCGACGAGGCCCGCGUCGUGCGCCUCUUCCAGGAGGCGUCGCCGUCGGUGGUGUUCAUCAAGGACCUCGUCGUCGGGCGGUCGCCGGGAGGGGGAGGCCGGCAAGUGGAAGCGGAGGACGACGAGGAGGCGGGCGCCACGGUGGAGGGGACGGGCUCUGGCUUCGUCUGGGACGCGGCGGGCCACAUUGUAACAAAUUACCAUGUGGUUGCAAAAUUAGCUGGGGAUGGAUCUGCAUUUCAUCGCUGCAAGGUGUUUUUUGAGGAUUCUAGUGGUACUAGUUACUCAAAGGAGGGAAAGCUGGUAGGGUGUGAUCCAUCGUAUGAUCUUGCUGUUUUGAAGGUUGAUGUUGAUGAUGAUAAGUUGAGGCCUGCGCUGAUUGGAACAUCAAAGGGUUUGCGAGUUGGGCAGAGCUGCUUUGCUAUUGGUAACCCUUAUGGAUAUGAACACACCCUAACUACUGGGGUGGUUAGUGGAUUGGGGAGGGAGAUACCAUCUCCAAAUGGGAGGCCGAUUCGUGGGGCUAUUCAGACAGAUGCUGCUAUAAAUUCUGGUAACUCAGGUGGCCCACUAAUUGAUUCAUAUGGUCAUGUAAUUGGAGUAAAUACAGCUACCUUCACACGUAAAGGAACUGGGAUCUCGUCCGGGGUGAACUUCGCAAUCCCCAUCGACACCGUUGUACAGUCGGUCCCUAACCUCAUUGUGUAUGGAACAUCAAUGAGUAAUAGGUUUUGAUUCUGCUGUACAUUAUCCACUGGUAAAUGCAAGUUCUCCCUCUGCCACGUUGAUUGCUCUGAAAAAUAUAUAUACUUCUUCUGCUGCUAAUUGGGUCAGUGCAUUCAAAAGAACAUCUACUUAAUGGUGAUCGUACUAGGAACUUUAUUAGAGAGUAGUGAAAAAAACAUCUGCUUAAUGGUGAUCGGUCUAGGAACUUUGGAGAUAAAAAAAAAACUAGACGGAGUUCAGUAUAUAUAAACUAGUAGCAAGGAAGAACCAAACAUGGUUUUGAACAUUAUCUGAUAAUUCCUGUUACUGAACUCAUCUAAUAUCCAUGAACCAUUUUCUGCCAAUUCUUUGGUCAUAAAUUCUGAUAAAAAAUAUCUUCUCGUAAAGAGGAAUCUGGAGUCUCCACCUAUGGCCCAAAAUAAAUCGAGCCCUCGGCCCUUGCAUUUUGAGAAAAAAAAAAACAGUUGUACAAGGGUAGAUAAACUGAAGUAUCUUCGCUAGUGAAAAAGUAGUGUAUAAAGCCGGAUAGGUAAACUUACUCGAUUUAUGGACCGAGAGUAUGUAAAAGUACAGAAAUUAACAUAUUUUGGUCUAUAUAUUAACGUAUAGAGGGAGCAUAUGACACUGUGUUGAUACGAAAUAAACCGAGGGUAAAGGAAAAUAUGAAAUCUGACUGAUAGGCGAUUUGAUAAAGCAUCAGUCCCUGUCUGCAAGUCACUAGAAGUUUAUCAUUACAAACGACGUGGUCAAACACUCAAAUAAAAUAUCAAACUGACCAAGAGAGCAAGAGGUUGAAUUCAACAUGGAAAAUCAUUGCCUGAAAAAAGAACCCCAUGGAUGCACAAUCAGCAAUGAUCACUGUAAUUAUGCGAAAGAGUAAUAAUUAAUGAUGAUUCACAAUUUAUCAUCAUCUCACUGCUUAUAUAUGGUGCCCAAAAAAAAAAUGUAAAUACU